GGUGCGCAGGCGCGAAGCGGAGGCUGAGGUUGAGGCCGGAGAGGGCGCGGGGAAAUGGCGGCGCAGGCCCCGGCUCAAGGCCCCACGGGGUUGUCCACCGUGGAGAGGGUGGUGAAAGCUGUUCCGAUUCCUCCAGCCCGCCGCCUCACCAUGCAAGACGUCUACUCGGAAGGGAAACCGAAACUUGAUGUCCUCAAGGCUCAUUUCAUUAAAGAGGGGAGACUGGAGGAAGAUGCUGCCAUCAAGAUUAUUGAGGAUGGAGCUGCUAUCUUUCGCAAGGAGCGGACACUUAUCGAAGUGGAUGCCCCCAUCACAGUUUGUGGUGACAUUCAUGGUCAGUUCUUUGACCUGAUGAAGCUGUUUGAAGUGGGUGGUCCACCCAGCAGCACCCAGUAUCUCUUCCUCGGAGACUACGUAGAUCGUGGCUACUUCAGUGUUGAGUGUGUUCUGAUGCUCUGGGUUCUGAAGAUUCACCAUACAAGCACACUGUUUCUGUUACGAGGGAAUCAUGAAUGCAGACACCUCACUGAAUAUUUUACCUUCAAGCAGGAAUGUAGGAUCAAGUACUCGGACCAUCUCUACAAUGCGUGCAUGGGUGCGUUUGAUUGUCUACCCCUGGCUGCAAUAGUCAAUCGUCAGUUCCUGUGUCUGCAUGGGGGCCUCUCGCCCGAUGUGCAUACACUAGAUGACAUCAGAAGAUUAGACAGAUUCAAAGAGCCACCAGCCUUUGGGCCUAUGUGUGACUUGCUGUGGUCAGACCCAACAGAGGAUUACGGCAGUGAGAAGACACCAGAUCACUUCAGUCAUAACACUGUACGAGGCUGCUCCUACUUUUUUAGUUAUGCUGCAGUUUGUCGCUUUUUGCAGCACAACAACUUGUUGUCAGUAAUCCGUGCACAUGAGGCUCAGGAUUCUGGGUACCGAAUGUAUCGGAAAAACCAGGCAACUGGCUUUCCAUCUUUAAUAACCAUUUUCUCUGCACCAAAUUAUCUAGAUGUCUAUAAUAACAAAGCUGCUAUAUUGAAAUAUGAAAAUAAUGUGAUGAAUAUUAGGCAAUUUAACUGCUCCCCUCACCCCUACUGGCUUCCAAACUUCAUGGAUGUAUUCUCCUGGUCUCUGCCCUUUGUUGGUGAGAAAGUUACAGACAUGCUGGUCAACAUCCUGAACAUCUGUACUGAUGAUGAGCUCCUGGAUGAUGACGAUGCUUCUCAACAUGAUCGCAAGGAAGUCAUCAAGAACAAGAUCCGUGCAAUUGGCAAGAUGGCCCGAGUCUUUACUGUUCUGAGAGAGGAACAUGAAAAUGUACUGACGUUAAAAGGCUUGACUCCAAGUGGCAAUCUGCCUCUUGGUGCCUUGGCAGGAGGAAAAUCAGCCUUGGAGAAAGCAAUGACUGAUGCAGUAACCUCUUCUUCAGGGAAAGCUUCGCUGCAGAAGAUCAGCUUUGAACAGGCCAGAGGCUUGGACCGGAUCAAUGAAAGGAUGCCUCCCCGCAAGCCGCUGAUGUCAAACCAGCCCAUGUCUCAAUCUCCGCCUGCUGCACCGACUCCAACUCAGGCCCAAGCUCGAGCUCAGGCCCAAGCCCAGGCUCAGGCACGGGCUCAGGCUCAGGCACGAGUCCAAGCCCAGGCCCAGAUGAAAUGGCCUCCUCAGGGUUACCAAGCCACCCGUGGACUGCAAAACGCUCCUCCACAGCAGCAGCAGAUGGCGGGGCGAGGCCAAUUUGCCACCAACAUACCUCCUGACCGCCGGCAGCAAGCAAUGGGCCAGCGCCCCGCGCCCACUCAGUCAGGGAUGCCAGCUGCCAAGACCACCCAGGGAAUGAAAGGAAAAGAUAAGAUGGCACACUAACCAAUAAUGACCUAUUUAUUUAUUGUGAGUGCUUGGGAGUAUCCUGAGAUCCAUAACUCCCAGCCUGUCCCGUCACCUCCGCUGUGAGUGCCCAGUUUUACUGGAAUAUUGCGAAAUCCGAUCUCUUUGACUCUAGAAGCCAGCUCACCUCCCUCUUGGACUGAAGUGACUGGAGAGAAGCCGACUGACGUAGCUCUUGAUUUUGUGCGGACCUUGCUAAGUUUUCUGAAGGAGCAUUCUGGGGGAAUGUGUGUGGAUUUGGGAAAUGGAUGCCAUCUCAGUCCCAUCUCUGCUUUGAGUACCCAAAUCUGAUAUUUGUUCACAAUCUGGUUCAGGGCGCAGUUGGGGGAAGGACUGCGCUAUUCACUUGUGUUGCUCUGCAGUAGAUGAUGACAACCAGCAAAUCCUGCAGAUGUUGAAGGGUUGAUGAAGGCAUUAAUUGCCUCUUGUCCAGUGGCUGCCCUGCCUUUACCCACUCCCCCAUUUUUACCUGUUCCCUUCACCUAUACUUGUAAUGACUCGUAUGAUUUCAGCGGGUGAGGCUCAGUGCAUGUUAGCUCUCCUGUGUGUUCACAUUUGGCCACCUGAACAAUCCUGCCCAUUGGAGAACUCAGUCUCAGUUCCCAACUAGUCAAGCCGUCAGCUUUUUUACAAAUGUGGCUCUGAUUUUUUUAAAAAUGUGUGGUCUUGAAGGCUCAUCGGGACCUUUUGGGAAAAGGAAAUAUGGAUACAAAGUUGAUUUGUUUCAAGUUUUUAUUUUUAAAAACACAAGUCUGUUGCAUGGCACGAUGUCUACAUCCCAUUUAGAAACUUUACUUUAAAAUGAAUGAAUCUGUAUGUGUGAACUAGGUUGAAUCCUGAUGAAUUGGGAAGGUCAACUUGAGAAGGAUAUUCAGUUGUGAACUCUGGUGUUGCCUUUGGGGAUAUGUCUCUGAGCUGGUGUCUGUGUGGGAGGCCAAUUGAAACAUGAUUGAAAUCAACUCGCUCUGUCCUGUUUCUCCUUCUUUGCCUUGCCUCUGUCGCUCUCCCCAUUGUGUCUGCCAGUCUCUCUGUCUCUGUUCCUUUCCCCUACUUUCUGCGUCUGCUGUCUUCUCCAUUUUGUCUUAUUUUAACUGAUGCCUGUGUCUCCUCCCACCCACGUUGAACACUGUCUCUCUUUCACUAGCUCUCUCGUGCUUGAUAGGACAGUCAGUAAUCAGGAGACUCCUGCUGGCCAAAUACGUUUUCUUGUAAUUGAGCACUGUUUUAUGUAUUUGGAAGUCUGAUUGUUCAGGUUAUGUCCUGCAGAAUACAUCUUCUGGGUCAAACUUGUCCCAUUUUGGUAUUGAGUUCAGGAUGCUGCAGUGUUUGAGGAGGUCAUCAGAAUGUCAAGAAAGAAAAUAGAUCUGAGAUCUCAGGCAUACAUCUUUUAUCACCUGACCUUUUGGAUGGAAAAUCAAUAGUUCUUGAAGUUGAAGAGCUGAUGAUGGUUGCUGUUCCUCAAGGGUUGGGCCACACACACCUUUUGGAAUGUUAGUUCCACAGUUGAAAUGCUGAAUGUUUUAAACCCUGCUUCAUCUGAGAAAUGACUUUCAGACCACUUUAACUAAUGAAAAUGAAUCCAACUUGUUUGGUUCCCUCUCUGAAGACUGCUAGAAGUAAAUGUAAUGAUCUGCAGUACCUCUUCCACUGAUUGCAUGAGCAUAACUGUGCCUCAGAUUUCGGUGUGCAAUUCUGGGAAAUCUUUGCUAGUUUGUGCUUUCAUUCUCUUGCAAUGUCUGUUUGCAGUGCUCUUCAUUCGAGUGCCUGGGUAUUUAACUGCAGCACACUGCCAAUUCUCGUCUGUACUGCAUCUUUUGCAAAAAAUCCCAAAUCACCCUGAACAAAGAAAAUCUGUUCUGCAACAGUACUGCAGUACCCACCCUAAACUGUUGGCACAAAUCACUGUCACUGCCUUGGGAUGCAGUGGUAUAUUGUUAACAGGACAGGUGUCCUAAGACAGCAGUAUUGGGUUUAUUGUAGCUCCGAAUAGAAAGGCCUACCGGAUGAAGAUCACUUUUUGAAUGUCACAGGCGUUUGGCAGCUGACAGUCACAACAUCUCAGCCUGCGUGCAUGUGAUCAGGCCCUUUCUCAAGUGAGCUCUGACCUUGCAGCUCUCCUCCAGUGAGCUCUGUUGGGCUGCAUUUGGGCACCUCUUGCUUUGCAAGGAAGGCAACUGAUUUUGUGGAACAGAUAGCAGAGGUGAUGCAAGAGGCCAACCAUCACUAGUCAGGGGUGAACUCCUGAUGGCGUGGAUUGCCGGAGACCAGAUAAUCAGUGUUAGUACAAAGGCCAUUUGCUUGAGUUAACCAGAGAGUCAGUUUCAUGGAUUAUCCCUCAUCUCCCCUGCUGUUAAAUGCCGAGUACUGGUACCUGUGGCUUUCCAGAUGAGAAUGCGGUUUCUUCUGGUCGAGAGAAGUGAGUACAACAGAUGAAGAGGUAGGCCGAGGCUGUGUUUUAAUUUUUAACCUUAGUGAGUUUGCUGAUCGUUGGUAUGGGUGCCAAAGUCAUCUUGUUCUCACUGUUUUCAUGUCAAGAGGGGGCAUGAGGUCACUUGAAGUGUGCCAGGCUGCUUUUAAAGCCAGCUGAUCCCAGACCAGUGACUGUCAACACUGAUGCAUUGACAGAUUGCUUGAAUUGGCAAUUUGUUGCUAGAGCGAAGUCUGAAUGAGAGCAAGAGAGUUGGUUCUCAUAUUGAUCCCUUGUUCACAGCAGAUGUCUUCAAACGUGGGCUUUGUGAGGCUUCAGCUUCAGUUUCUGACUGUCUGUGAACAACUGACCACAUUCCAGACAACAUUGGGGUCAUUCAGUUUGCAGCCAAGCAAUCCUAUCUACCCCCAUCUUCCCAACCUAAGACCUAAUGUCGAACACUGGCUUCGAGCCCAUUUUGAGAAAGCAAAUGCAAGUUUGCCACAGUAGGAUUUCAGGGACUGUUGGGGUAGAAGCUGCCUCAAUUUGAAACUAUACUGGGGAGAAAGAGCCUUUCAAAGAAACCUGACCCCAUCCCUGUUUUAACCACUUGGCUUCCAAUUCACAUAAAGAUUAUUAUUUUGGUGUCUUUUUUAUUUAGGAAAAGUUCUUUUUGCAGAGUCUUUAAAAAAAUGCUGUAACUGUUCCCCUUUUUUGUGGAAGAGAAGGAUAAUUCCCCACAGGAGAGACAUUCUACAUUGAUACUGUUGGUUAAAAAGAGUUUCAUUAACUUGUGUUUUUUGUAAGUGCACUGAGAAAACUGUCGCGGUUUCUAAUUAGCAUAACGAUAACAUAUACUGAACUUUUCUUGUAACAAAAUUUGCAUUAAAAAUCCAAGUUUGGUUUUA